UCCAAUCAUCCAAUCAUCCAAAUUCCCCUCUGUUCCCUUCUCCAGUUCAUCCAAAUCAUCCAAAUCAUCCAAAGUCAUCGAGAAAUCCCAACCACCAAAAUGCCAACCUGGCGCCCCUUGACCCCCAACGAUAUCGCCGGCCUAAUGCAGGUCGCAAAUGAAACCCACCCAGACCUCCCAGAACGCCCCGAAGUAUUCAUCAACCGGGUUUCGCUCUUCCCAGCCGGCUGUCUCGCCCUGGAAGACGAAGAUGGCGGCCAGCUCUGCGGCUACGCGAUUUCCCACCCGAUUCGCCCCCGCUGCCCGCCGGCUCUGGAUUCUGUCUUGGUUGAGAUCCCCGCGGACGCAGAUCACUACUACAUCCACGAUGUGGCCAUCCUGCCCAGACUCCGUGGGCGCGGCCUGGCUGCUGAGUGCGUUGCGCGGCUGCUGAGUGGCGCUGCGAGGUAUCCGGUGGCUGCCCUGGUCUCGGUUUAUGGCACAGAGGCGUUUUGGGGGCGUUUUGGGUUCAACCCUGUUGUGAUGGGUGAGGAUCUGGCUGGGAAGCUGCGUGAGUAUGGUGAAGAUGCGGUCUACUUGGAGCGUGUAAUGGACAGGCUGGAUUAAGCUAUAGUAUUGUCGUCAAUCCCAGCACGAUCGUUUAAUUCAAUCCAGUUCUCACUCCACGCAUCUUCGUUCCCAGCUUGUUUCCUGUGUAACUUGAGAAAUCGUCCGAGACGGCUCAAUUGAGGGAUUCAACAGCCCAGGGGAUAAACAAAGAAAAU